CCCGCCGCGUCGUGAUUUUGGCCCCUGUGAGCCCUUUCCUGGCUUGGGGUCCGUCGAAGAACGGCUCUGGAUGAAAAGUUUAUCCUUGGGAAGGGGUCCAGACCUCUGAGGGUCCAUGUCAUGAACCAAGACGCGCGAUCUCGGGGUUUGGAAAUGAGGAGGAGGAGGAAGGACGGCACCGGCACGCUGUGGCUGAACGAGAACCCCUACAGCGAUGGCAACGGUGCAGAGACCUCGGAGCCGGAGCUGGGGAAGCUCAGGCAGCCCAUCCAGCACAGAGAAGCGGAGCGCGCCAGCUGGCGACCCCUUCCGCGGGGACCCGCCCCGCUUCAGGAAGAUCUCCAACGGCACUUGCGCGGAUGCAGGCGCGCGCCCGGUCACGUCCCGGACCGUCUGCGAGGCCGCAGCGCGCAGCCUCGGCAUGCCCGACACCCGGGCCAAGACCAUCGAUAGCGGCGACGGCAGCAACGAAACCAAGCCGGAGGGUUGCUACUACUUCCGCAACUUCGAGGACCUCACCGCGACGUUGUGGCUCAACACGGCCGAGGCCGCCCGGGGGCAGGGGGCCGAGACCUCCGACCGCGACAGGGGCCUGCUGCGGCAGCCCAUCUGCGACUUUGGCGCAGACGGGGGGGCGGACGCCUAG